CCAGGCGGUCCCGUCUUCAUCUCUCUCUCUGCACUGGCUGACUCAUCACUCUCAUCGUCGCUUUCCUCCCUCGCCGCCCCCCCGUGAAGCUUAGCGAUUGUAGGUUUCUCCGCCGGGAUAUCCGUCCGUCCGUCCAUGGCGAUGUGGAGAGCCGCCGCGAGGCAGCUCGUCGACCGGGCGCUUGUUGGAUCCAGGGCCGCGCACACAUCUGCGGGCAGCAAGAAGAUUGUGGGCGUGUUCUACAAGGCCGGCGAGUACGCCGACAAGAACCCCAACUUCGUCGGCUGCGUUGAGGGCGCCCUCGGCAUACGCAACUGGCUGGAAUCCAAGGGCCAUCAAUACAUUGUCACGGACGACAAAGAGGGACUGGACAGCGAACUGGAGAAGCACAUUGAAGACAUGCACGUCCUGAUAACCACCCCAUUCCAUCCAGCCUAUGUUUCCGCAGAGAGGAUCAAGAAAGCAAAGAACCUUGAGCUGCUUCUCACUGCUGGGAUUGGCUCUGAUCAUAUUGAUUUGCCAGCUGCUGCUGCUGCUGGCUUAACUGUGGCAGAGGUUACUGGAAGUAACACUGUUUCAGUGGCGGAAGACGAGCUCAUGCGCAUCUUGAUUCUGCUCAGGAACUUCUUGCCUGGCUAUCAACAGGUUGUUCAAGGUGAUUGGAAUGUUGCAGGCAUUGCACAUAGAGCUUAUGAUCUGGAAGGAAAGACAGUCGGCACUGUCGGGGCUGGUCGUAUCGGCAGGCUCUUACUUCAGCGUCUUAAGCCCUUCAACUGUAACUUGCUCUACCAUGACAGACUUCAGAUUAACCCAGAGCUUGAGAAAGAAAUCGGGGCCAAAUUUGAAGAGGAUCUGGAUGCUAUGCUCCCAAAGUGUGAUGUCAUUGUGAUCAACACACCUCUUACAGAGAAAACAAGAGGCAUGUUUAAUAAAGAAAAGAUCGCAAAAAUGAAGAAAGGUGUGAUCGUAGUGAAUAAUGCCCGAGGAGCAAUCAUGGACACCCAGGCAGUCGCGGACGCUUGUUCCAGCGGUCACAUUGCUGGAUAUGGAGGUGACGUCUGGUUCCCUCAACCAGCACCGAAAGAUCACCCGUGGCGCUACAUGCCUAAUCACGCAAUGACCCCUCACAUCUCUGGGACUACAAUUGAUGCACAGCUGAGGUACGCGGCGGGAGUGAAAGACAUGCUGGACAGGCACUUCAAGGGGGAGGACUUCCCUGCGGAGAAUUACAUCGUCAAGGAAGGGGAGCUCGCGAGCCAGUACCGGUAGUAGAAGAAACCAAGACCAGCCUAGCUAGCUAAGCUGCAUGAUGCCAUUUCUGAAGCGAGAUGCAAAGAGAAGAAACCAAACCGUUUGUUGUCGUAAGAGUGUGGUGUGAGGACCUGUCGGACACCGGAAAUAAUUGGCUCCCUGCUUGGGGCUGCAACCAUAGUCCAUAUACAUGGCGGUGAAUAAAAGCUUUGAGAUCGGACUAUCAGGCUGUGCUGUGCGUGGAACAAUUGCUUUGUUACGAUGUGCAAACGCUGGAUCUCGUAGCUUCA